AAACGGUGUGCUUGGGUUGGACUAAGCAUAAAACUCUCGUAUCUCAAAAUCAAAUAUCUGAAAAUGACCAUGUAUUAAAUACGAAGAAAAUUUGCGAAAUGGAAUGACCCACCCUUUUUCGUACGUGCGGCGCUCUUCAGUUCCGGGAAAUUCAGUUUCCCCCGAAAUAAAUAGUGCUCCCAAACCAUGUGGAAGGAGUUUCUGCAUACUCAGAAGUUGCAGUAGCUGAAUUUGCUGUAAAGCAUGGGUUUAUCUGAUGCAGGAGAGGAUAGUUCCAUGUUGGACUGCACCUCUAUGGAUGACAACAGUUAUGAGUUCAGAAUAUUGAUGGCCUAUGCAAAAAGGACUUUGCCAAUGGCUAAAGUAACUAAAACUGGUAAAAAGGAAGCAGACAUGCCUUCAAUUGAAGUGAGCAGUUUGAGUGCAUCAAAAGUUGAACAAUGUCAUACAGACAAAAUCCAAUUUGACAGAAAAGUGAAAAGUCACAAUCGUAAAUUCAAACACAGAAGGAAACCCCUAUGGAAAAGGAUCCCAUGUUUACGAGGAGAAACAGACAAAUCUGACAUUAACUUCAAAGAGCAAGGAAUAAAUGAAGAGUAUAAGAUGGAAUUGAAAUCAUCACAUGAAUUUGCUCUUCCAGACACCAUACAACAAAAUUCAGAGCUUUCUGUCAAUGAUCAGGUUGCUGAAAUGUUGCUGGAGAUUAUGAACUCCACAAUGCAGAAAGGUACCUUCAGGAUGCUUCGUUCCUAUAGUUUGGAAGUUGAUGGAGCUGAAGAUCAUCAGAAAGCCAUAGACCAGAUUAUUGCACUAUUGACCACUGAAGGAGACCAUAUAAACGAAGAAAUUAAAAAGGACCCCCAGUUUAGCAAACUAUUUGGUGAAAAGUCAUCUUUUUCAAUCUUUAAAACAAUUAUGGAUUCUGUUCUUGAAGCAACCGUGCCUGCAGAAACAAAUUCUGAAAUGGACAGUCAAACAGAAGGGAACUUGAAGAAGAUUGCCUUUGUUGUACAUGCAACCACUAGAUUUGCAGCUGCUGGUCAUCACCCAGUGGCUCGAAUUAUGGGCUUUGGAGCAAAGUAUUUGCAGGAACACUACACUACCUGGGUCAUGCAGAAGGGAGGAUGGGAAGAAAUAAUCAAGGAGAAGAAGACUGACUGACGCAAAAUGCACACCCAUUACAUUUCCAAAAUAGACUUUUGACUUAUAUUUCUCAAGCUGGUUCACAUUUUGAUAAUUAAUUAAUGACUGAUUGCAGAUGUGAGAUGUUUGGACGUUGAAUCAACAAUGAAGUUUGAGACAUCGGAAAUUGAACCAGAAUCUCUUUAUUUUACUCCAACAGAACAAUAAUGAAUGAGACGAAAUUUUAAUGUAAGCAAUGAAGUGGGAAGUGAUGGGAGAAGGCAUUAGGUGCACAGUACUAUGGUGUAGCGUUUUGGGAUCUGAGACCAUGAAUUCCAGGCUGUAUUUUGCUAGUGUCAUGGAACCGACAGGAAGCUGCUAAAUAGAGUGAUUAAUCUCAUUUCAAUGUAAUUGAAUGGAGUUUUUCCUUUAAAUGUAAAUCUUCAACGUGCAGUAUGAAGGGCUCAAAGGCUAUCAGUUAAUCACUCAACUGUGGCAGUGUUCAGGCAAGGCCUCAUGUACCAAGAAGAUGGUCAGCCAUGGUAGAGCUGACUUCCAUUGAAUUUUGCCAAAAGUGAAGAGAUGGCCACUACAAUCGCAAAGCUGAGGGUCGGCUCCAUGGAGCUGAUGGGCAGCUGUCAGAUGUAGUCAAUUCUCCAUGAAGUAAGCAAAACAAAGUGUCCCAAAUGGAUUGGGGGCACCUGCAACCCACUGGAGAAUAUCUACUGCAAGGAUAACACCCAGUAAAGAGGGAUUGCAAUGGACACGUGACUCAACCACCCAGUUCUCCUGGAUUCCUGAGUGCAGCAGAGAAAGGAAGGAGCAGGAGUCAAAGUCACCAAUGCUGCCUGAGAUUGGAUACUUCUUCAUCCUCCCGUAGCUAUGUUAACAGCUCUAUUCAUCCUGCAUUAAGGUCUAACUGGCAUUUAAAGUGGUGUCACUGUCUGCUUGUACCACCUGAAGAUGUGAUCUGCAGUUUCCUGCUCACCACCCCCACGUGUUUGGCUGUACGCUGGUAAUUGGCCAACGACCAGUGAUUACAUUCACCCUAUCACUUCCAUGCAGUCUGAGUUUACUUAAGAUUAAGAUCUACUCAAGGACGUGUAUGAAGUCACUCAUAACAUUUGGGCACCCAACGGUCUGAAAGCCUAUUGAGUUCUUUUUAAAAUGUAGUCUUUAUAAUGUAAGAACUCUGGGGGCAAGAAAGAAGCCCUAUUUCUAGGAGGUAUAAAUUUCAAAUAGAAAGGUUAUGAUACUGCAAGACUUUGUGAAACUAUCAAAGAACAAUUGUAAGUUGGUAUGUUCAGAUGAAGGUCUAUAAUUUCCUGAUUGAUGACUGUUGUGGACAAAGAAUGUAAAAACUAGGAGCAGAAGUAGGCCAUUUGGCCCAUCCAGCCUGGCCCACCAUUCAGUUAAGAGUAUAGCUGAUCUGAUUGCAGUGCCCAUUCCAAGUUCCUCCCUGCUCCUUCCAUGAACCUUGAAGGGUAAAUCUAAAUAGCAAGGAAAAAGUUCAUUACCCCUUCCGUAUGCAGGGGUAGUUAAAAUGGAGCUGAGAAUACCCAGAUUCCUCUUGCCCUCAACCUGCGGUUUUAAAUUUCGGGAGCAAGAAAAUCAGCCUGAAGCCAGAUGGACAUUUUUAAUCAAAGAUGGAGAUCCAAUUAUGUCACUGGGACCUGACUACUGUGUUAAGGUGGGCCUGAAUGAAGAAGGCUUUCAAACCUGAAGGUUGAAGCGGGUUUAUUUUCCUACUGAUCUCUGAGAGAAACUGUCCUUUUGAGUAAAUUUAUUCUUGUCCUUUGUGGGACCCAGGGGACCUGGACCUCACCCAGCUCUUUCUGCUGUUCUCCCACUCUUUUCACUUGUGAAAAUCAGUCAGUUAUCUGAGGUCUAAUUCCUCAAAUCAUUUGGACCUUAGGUGAACACUCACCUGGCCACAAACACAGAAGUGAGUUGGAACUCGCCACAUGAGCCAGGAGACCCAGAUUCAAGUUCCACCUGUCCCCAAAGUGUAUAGCACCUCUGAUUUACUUUGAUCGUUGUUAAAUCAAUUUGAAAUUAAAUAGGUUAUUUUGGUACUUGCACCUGUCCUCUUUCUCACUCAGAAACCAUUGUUUUGUCAUGUGCAAGUCACAGGGUUAACCUCCUCGGGGGGGUGGGGAUUGGUGUUUCUGGGUGAUGGGUUGGUAUGUGGUGAGGUGGGGGUUAGCUGAUUUGUUGUAGAUAACAAUGGAUGUGCCCAUAACCUAAUUUUAUUGUCUGGGAAACUGUGGAAUGUAAAUGCAGUUUUUUAAAAAAAAUUUAAACAGAUUGAGCGAAAUAUCAGAUGUACUGCCAGAUGAUUCUUAGUUCAUAAGUCUUCCUUUUCUUGCUGUGGCCACUUAGACGUUGGAGGCUGUGCCUUUUACAAUCAUUAAUAAAUGCAGCUUGCUUCCCUAAUUCAUUUGCAAUUUGUUCUUCGCAAAAUUGAAAGAAGCAGAAAUUUAGAUUAUCGCAUUUAAUGUGACUGUUUAUAUAAAUCCAAUCAAAAUCAAACCGAUAUAAAUAGAAAUGCAAACCUGUACAUUUUUUUAUAAAAGCUGUGUAGAGUAACCACCGUGACAAAGUUCAAAAUGAGAAUUACACCAGAAACCAAUUUAAGAUUAUAAAUUGGUCUCCAAAUGUGAUUCAUUUACAUGUGCAAAAGUUACAUACAUUAACAUACAGGUCUGUCGGAGUGUAUUCAAAUAACUAAGGCCGACGGUUAACAAUUCUUCCUGCAAUGUCAUACCAAACAUGGUCGUACCAGUUAGCACCCUCUUCUUAUGCUGUAUAAAUUGGUGCUCCGA